AUAAAAGGAAGUACCUACAGAUUAUAAAUAGAGGAGGAGAGAUCGGUUUUUGAUAUUCAUUCAAGCAUAAGCAGAUUCCGAAACAAGAGAUUGAGCCAGAAGAAAUUAGGGCAUCUGAAACAUAAAACAUAGGGAGUCAAAAUAAAAACCCGAUGAAGAAUCCAUGCAACGCUGAGGAAGAACCAUCGCGUACGAAGAAACUGAAGCUGUCUUUCUCGUCUCCGAGUGGGUUAUCUAUGUUGCCGGAUGAGAUGGCACUCAGUUGCUUGGCCCGCGUCUCAAGAUCGGACCAUGCUUCCUUAUCCCUCCUCUCCAAGUGGCACCGUUCAGUAGUGGGUUCGCCUGAGCUGUACGACUUCCGAUCCCUUUUGGGCUUCACCGAAAACCGUAUCUAUCUAUGCUUACGCAUCCCUCCAGACCCAAACCACCGCUGGUUCACCCUCUCCCCAAAAACCCCCCUUAACCGACGGCUUGUCCCAGUGCGAUCUUAUUUUUACCAGCCUCCGGAAGCAUCUUGCAUGGUGGCUCAUGGUUGUGGGAUCUACAUCAUGGGUGGUAGGAUUGGCGGGAGAGCCACGUCGAGUGUAUUGUUUCUGGAUUGUAGAUCUCACACGUGGAGCACUCUCCCCUCCAUGGGGAUGGCUCGAUAUUCAGCCGUGGCUGGCGUGGUGGACGGGAAAAUAUACGUGUUGGGAGGGUGCGAUGGCUGGGAGUCCGGCAAGUGGGGAGAGGUCUUCGACCCAAGGCAGCAAACUUGGGAUGCCCUGCCGAUGCCACCGCCUCAGUGUGAUUAUCCCUUAGUGUGCGAAAGCAUAGUUAUAGAGGAAGAGAAGUUGGUUGUUAUGAAUGGCUCAGGGGUAUGUUUAUCCUACAAACCAAGUGAUGGCAAAUGGAAAAAAGGGUAUAGUGAUAUCUCCGGAAUAAAAAGGUGUUGGCAUGUGAUAGAGAAUGUAGUGUACUGCAGUUUAAGUGGUGGGCGGAUAUUGUGGUGUGAGCCAAGUGAACUGGAGUGGAAUGAAAAGAUGGAGUGGGGAGAAGUGAUGGGCUUGGAGGCUCUCAGGGAUACUCUCGCUGCCUCCAAGCUGGUUAACUAUGGUGGACGGGUGUCGGAUCAGUGGGAGAUAUGUAGAAGAUCUGAACAGAUGUUAGGGACAAUGGAAAAUGAUGAAAUAUUUCCCGGGCACAAACUAAGCAACUCUGGUCCCAACAUGUUGAUCUUCUGGGACGUGCUUGCUCCUCAUAAGUUGGAGAUUUGGUGUGCUGAGAUCUCUCUCGAGAGACGCAAGAAGACAUGCGAGAUUAUAGGAAACAUCGUGUGGUCAGAAGCUGUCAUGACACUUGAUCCUCCUCCACAUCAGCAUCACUCAAGCGUUUUUCUCAUGUAUUGGAGUGGUGAUACAAAGUAUCAUGACUUAGCAGCCACACCGUUCUGCACUUAACGGAAUAACUUAUC